AUGUUUGUUAAGCCUGAAUUAUUUCAUGAUACUGUGGAUAAUCCCACACCAAUUUAUUUAGUAAUGAUGUUUAUUUUGGGACCAUUGGUAUGUAGUCGACGAGUGAAAGCGCGCGCCAAUGCUGUUAGACAAAAAAUAGGUAGAGGAGUAAAACGAACAAUGUCGCGUUCAAUGAGUGGUAUUGUUUGGUCAGCAAAAAAAGUGACAACUGGUGGACUACAUGUGGGAAAAACAUUGGUGAAAAAACCAAGGGGAUUGAUUAAAAUUAAGAAACCAAAAGCACCAUCAAGAGUAUCUCUUUAUAAAUUAUUACCAUUGAAAUUGGUUAGUCGUAUAUUUGGAUGGAUUUGUCGUUUAUAUUUACCAGUAUGGUUACGUCCAUUAUGUUUUAAAUUUUAUAUCAAAUUAUUUAAAUGUCGUGCAAAUGAAAUGUUCAAUGAAGAUUUAACAAGUUAUAAGACAAUAUCAGAAUUUUUUCGUCGAAAAAUUAAAUUAAAUUUACGACCAAUUGAUACAAGUGCACUAUUGGUUUCACCAUGCGAUGGAAAAGUGUUAACUUGUGGACGAGUAUCCAGUGGUCUUAUUGAACAAGUAAAAGGUAUAACAUAUACAGCACAAACAUUUCUUGGUUGUCCACUAACAAAAGACGAUCAUACACCACAUACUUAUGCUGAAUCAUUAUUAAAAUAUCGUGGACAUGAAUUACAUUAUUGUGUAAUCUAUUUGGCUCCCGGUGAUUAUCAUAGAUUUCAUAGUCCAACAGAAUGGCAAAUUAGUUGGCGAAGACAUUACAUUGGCCAUUUAUUUUCUGUUAAUCCGUAUGUGGCAGGUUGGCUACAAGAUUUGUUUUGUUUGAAUGAACGUGCAGCUUAUUAUGGUUCAUGGACACACGGUUUCUUUUCCAUGACAGCUGUUGGUGCAACGAUAGUUGGAUGCAUUAAUGUUCAUUUUGAUCCUGAAUUAAAAACAAAUAAUCGUCUUAGUCCUUUUGAAUUAGAACGACGUUUUCAAACAUCCGAAAAUUCCAAUGGUAUUUUAUUAUCACGUGGUGAUAAUUUUGGUGAUUUUGAUUUUGGUUCAACAAUUGUUCUUGUAUUUGAAGCACCCGAUAAUUUAGUUUUUAAUGUAAAACCUGGUUGUCACGUUAAACUUGGUGAACCAUUAUGUUUUUUUGAUAAAAAUUUGAAAACAGUUGAUAGUUUAUUAUCAGAUUUGUCAACAGUGACCACUGAAGUGAGUACAUCGGAAUACGAAGAAGAGGAACAAGAAAAUGAAUUGAUGAAAAAAAAUGUAAAUGUAGCAGCGGUAAUAAAAGAAGAUAGUGAUAUUAUAGCACAAACCUUUAAAUCAGAUGAAUAA